AUAAAUAAGCCAACACACUUGAGAACCGGCAUUACGAAAUCCUGUGACCCAAUUCCGUUCGGAUCUCUCACGACUCUGCCUUGCAAACUAGGAAAAAGUUGUCAAAACAAAAGUGACAGUGCAAAUUUUGUUCAGUUUUGCUCGCAUGUCAAUUUUCUUGAUCAUUUGAAGACGAAUACAGGGAUUGUCACCACUUAAACUGUUGCAAGACAGACGUUAAAAAGAUUUCUAGUCUGCAGUAGAUAAAAGUAUGUCAGAGCCACUUACAUUGCCACCUUGUCGAGUGUGUGGAGGAACAGCCACAGGAAUUCACUAUGGUGUCAACACAUGCGAAGCAUGCAAGGCAUUUUUCCGAAGGUCUUUGGUAGAAAACAACAAGUAUGUCUGUCCAAGAGAUGGUGACUGUAAGAUUAUCAACCAUAAAAGAGCCAACUGUUCUGCAUGUAGACUUAAAAAAUGUCUGGAGUUGGGAAUGUCCAAAAAAGCUGUACGUCAUGGUAGAUACACUGUUGCAAUUAGAACCAAGACCAUUUUGGAAGUAAAACAACUUGAGAGGGAACAGGCAUUGAAAGAUAGCUUUGCCCUGGCUGAUUCAUUUGCAAAGAAGUUACCAGAAAUUAUAUCAGUACCAAAAAGUAACCCAGUUCCAGAUUCAUCAGUAAAUGAGAGCAUUAUCUCCUCCAUUAUAGAGAGUUCAGACAAUUCAACCUCCUUUUUAGAGAGCACAAACUUCACAUCAAAUGACACUUUACAAUCAUCAGUUAUAGGCAGUAGCAUGAUGUCAUUCACCGAUGCCAUACAGUCAACCAUUGGAGAUAUACCUGGAAACAUGACAUCACUUGAACCAUCAUCUGUGUUUUCCCAAAUUGAAACCAACAAAAUAUUCACAGACAUGAAUAACCUUGACAUAUUAAAUACAAUUGACCUUGACAUUACUAAUGAGACGAUUGAAAUAUCUGGAUCUGAUGUUUUCUUAAACGAACUUCAUUCUCAAACAGUUGACAUUGACUUGACAUCUGAUAAGAUAGACUUCUUGGAAAUUAAUCCAGAUGAAUUUAUAGAUCUGACACAAGAAGUUGUUGAUGUUUUGGCUCCCCAGACUACAACCACCACUGAAAUACCACAACAGCAGAGUCCACAGAGCAUAGCCAGUAGUCCCAGCAGCAUGCAACAGUAUAGUCCAGAUACUACCACAUUAGACGAGAGUAUGUCGUCACAGUAUGGAUCUCAAAGUACAUCAAGCAUUGAAUUAGUGUCAAGUGCAAGUAGUUCUCCACCACAGAAGAAUCCACGUUCAUCAUUUGAUCUAGACGAUUAUAACAUGACACCUCGUCCGCAAAAGAAACUACGAGCCUCCUUCAACUUAGCAGAUGACAUGGAACAACUGCAACUGAUUAAUACCAUGGUUUCCGCUCAAGAGAUAUUAUAUCCUGAAAUGAGGAAAUAUUUCAACAAAGAGUACACAGAGGUCAUUCAUAGGGAAUUCUGGGAGAAAACCCAGUUACAGACUGAACUAUUUGGUCAAUUGAAGAGCUUGUCAACUUCUGAAUACAAUAACUUUUUCUUAGUGACAGGGAUUGACGUUGAUGGUCGUAGAGGCAUGUUUACUAAGGUGGCAGAAUGUAUGCAGAAAGAAAUCGUCAAAUAUAUUUCCUUUGUGAAAUCAAUACCUGGCUGGGAGCAUAUAAAUAACAGUGAUAAACUCACACUUAUCAAAGCUUCAAGAUUUGAAUACUGGUUGCUUGGAAAGUUCCUGUCCAUAAAUCCUGAUAAGAAAUUCACAGCCGAUGAAAAAUGUGGAUAUACUCACACACAGGUGGAACAAAUGUGGGGUAGUCCUGAAAACAUUGAAAUUGUAAAUAACUUCACAAGGAAGCUAAAGAAACUGGACCUUACCUUUGAAGAGAUUGCAUUGCUUAGAGGAGUAGUUGUUCUGUCACGAGAUCGUUGUGCGCUACGUGAACCAGAACUUGUUGAAAAAAUGCAAUGGAGUAUCUUACAAUCUUUUAUCCACCUUGUGAAAAAGACACAUCCAAAUGAACAGUUGAGGUUUGCUCGUUGUAUGGACAAACUUACACAACUGAGAGAACUUACAGAGGUUAACUACAAAGCUAACAAAAACCUAGAGAACUUCCAAAAGUCAUUGAUUCAGAAUUACCCAUUGUUGUAUGAAUGUCUAACUUAUGAAGGCUAAAUAAAAUUGACAAAUACAGGACUUCGAAUUUUGAAAUGUUAAAGUUUUGUAUACUUUUGUUUAGAUUAAAUGUUGUUAAUGGUAGCCAUUUUGAAAAUGGUUUCAUCUUACAGUGCUAAAACCUAGAGAAAAGAACAUAUACUUGUAGUUUAUAUUUACAUUUUGUAUUGUUACUUUACAGGGGAUAAUGAUUUAUAGUUAAAGGUUUCAUUUUAUAUUGGCUAUUGUCUAAACAUUUUUGCUCUAUCUCAUUUGAUUAAAACUUCACUAUUGAAUAUUUAGUGAAAUUUUCUAAACAUCAACGACUGGUCAAUUUUUGACAUUCUUUUAUUUUUUAUUAAAAACUAGUCAUUUACUUUUUUAAUAGUAUUUAUAGAAAUUAUUGGAGCAGGUCUAAGUAUUAUUUUCUUCAAAAGGAAUGCUGGAAUUCAUUCAAGAAUGUUAAUUUCUGAGACAAAUAAAGCAAUUAUGAAAAUAAAAAUUAAUCAAAUUUGAAUAUCAAACUCAAUAUAAAAACAAUAUGCAUAGAUUGUUGGAAAAUAUAUCAUUAUUUUUUUUUUUAAUUCGAAGAAAAGCUCAGUAAGUUUGCUUCUUCCCCCAGUUUCUCAAACUUGUACAAACUUAUUAUAUUUUGUGGCAUUGCACUUACAUUUUGUAUAUAGAUCACCAUUAAAAAUAUUUUACUUUCUACUAAUAUAUUCUUCAAACUGUAGUUUAUUGUUUAACCUGAUGUUAUAUAAAUGUUUUAUAUAUAGUGCUAUAUCUAUUUAUUGAAAAUAAAUGUAUAGAUUUGUUAUGGGGGACUUGCUAGAAUAUUUUGGGGCUCAGGUACUUAAGUCCUGAAAUAAUUUGUAUUUUUAAAAUUAAAAAUGUCUAUCUAUGACCCCCUUUACAACAAGUCUGCAGCGUAAAUACCCAUGGUAUUUUUAAAGUAUGUAAAAUUCUACAAUUAUAUCAUUUAUAAACUCACUUGAUUCCAGUUAAUUAAGUAAGAAUUAUAUAUAUUUAAAAAUAAUCUAUAUAAAUGAAAAAAAGACUGUAUUCACACAUUCAUUGACCUUACACAGUCGUAAGGUAUAAAUCCAUUAUCAAAAAGUUUUCAUUUAUAUUAUAUAUUAAAACUAGACAUUAGGAUAUUAGAGGUAUCUUUUCUCUUUAUACUGAGACAAAUUAAGGGACGACAUCAA